AUGAGCCAAACUCGUGGGAGAUAUGACUUCUGUAUUGGUCUGGUGCUGGCUAUGAGUUCCAGCAUUUUCAUUGGAGGAAGUUUCAUCCUGAAAAAGAAAGGUCUCCUCCGGUUAGCCAGAAAAGGCUCCAUGAGAGCAGGUCAAGGUGGUCAUGCAUAUCUUAAGGAGUGGCUGUGGUGGGCUGGACUUCUUUCAAUGGGAGCUGGAGAAGUAGCUAACUUUGCUGCCUAUGCUUUUGCACCAGCCACAUUAGUGACUCCUUUAGGAGCUCUCAGUGUUCUUGUAAGUGCCAUUCUGUCAUCCUUCUUUUUAAAUGAAAAACUGAAUUUACACGGAAAAAUAGGGUGUUUGCUAAGUAUACUGGGAUCAACUGUGAUGGUAAUUCAUGCUCCGCAAGAGGAGGAAAUAGAAACUUUGAACGAAAUGUCCCACAAACUAGGUGAUCCAGGUUUUGUUGUCUUCGCCACCCUUGUUGUGAUUGUGUCUUUGAUCCUGAUCUUUGUGGUGGGACCUCGCCACGGACAGACCAACAUCCUCGUGUACAUCACCAUCUGCUCUGUCAUCGGAGCACUGUCGGUCUCCUGCGUGAAGGGUUUGGGCAUCGCCAUAAAGGAACUGUUUGCAGGAAAACCAGUGCUGAGACAUCCCUUGUUCUGGAUUCUGCUGCUCAGCCUUACUGUCUGUGUGAGCACACAGAUCAACUACCUGAACAGGGCUCUGGAUAUUUUCAACACUUCCAUAGUGACUCCCAUCUACUACGUAAUCUUCACGACGUCGGUUCUGACCUGUUCCGCCAUCCUGUUCAAGGAGUGGCAGCACAUGGAGCCCGAUGACAUCAUUGGCACCUUCAGUGGCUUCCUGACUAUUAUUGUGGGGAUCUUUUUGUUGCAUGCCUUCAAAGACGUGAGCCUCAGCCUGGCCAACCUGCCGCUGUCGCUGCGGAGGGACGAGCGGGCGGCGAACGGCUCCGUGCUCGGCACGCUCCACAGCUUCCCUGGAGACCAGGAAAGCUCUCCCUGCCUGGCUGAAGUGCAGUCCACAGAGAGCCUCUCAGGCCGGAGGAACGGAAGCCUCUCAGCCUUCUGAAAAUAUCUACGUGUUACUUAAGGAACAAACAGUUCUGUAACUCUGGAAUUUGGUUUUUUUUCUGCUGUGAAAUGUCUGAGCUUGUCUGGAAAUUCAUGUACUUUUUCACGGUAUGUGUAGACAAUCGUUGAUUUUUAAGUUGGAUUAGUCUGGAUAAAGAACACUGAAGCGUUUUUUUAUUUGCCUUAUUUUUACUUUAAAAAAUACUAAAAUGACCUCAGACCACAUCUGGUUUUGUUGCUUAAGUUAUGUGUAAAUACUUCCAUUUCAUUCUUCUGUUUUUCAGAUGU